AUGGGCGUGGCAGAGCGCCGCGCCCCGGCGCGCCACCACCUCGACGCCGAGGAGGCGGGCGCGCUGCCCCCCGCGGGGCACCGCGGCGGCAAGGCCGAGCGCCUGCUGAGCUGCCUCAGCGCGCGGGAGAGGGCCCUGGAGGACGUGCGCAGGCGCAGCCGAGCGGAGGGCGAGCGAGCCUGCGGCGGCGGUGGCUGGCCGCUGGGCGCCCAGAGCCGCGGCAGGUCGAGCCCGGCGCGGUUGUGCGCAGAGGUGCCAGCGGGCCCGAGGGCGGCCGGGGGCGACAGGGCCCGCCGGGCGUGCCGCCGGCUGCUCUCGCGCGCCAUCGGCGAGGGGCACGUGUACGUGAUCCACGGGCUCGUCGACGCAGGGCUGCAGCUGCCAGUGGACAUCAUCCGGGGCGACGCAGGCCUGGCUGGCGAGGCCGUCCUCUGCGGCCGCGCGGACGUGCUGAAGGCCCUGCUGCGCCUAGGCGCCCCAGCCGACGGCGAGGACGCGAGCGGGCUGAGGCCGCUGCACUACGCCGCCAUGGUGGGCAGCACGGAGAUGAUCACCAUGCUCCAGCGUGCAGGCGUGGAUGCCAGCACCAGGAGCAGAGGUGGCGCCACCGCGAUGCACUUCGCCGCAGGUCGCGGUCACGUCGGCGCCGUACGCCUGCUGGUCAGUUUUGGCGCGACGCCCAGCCCCGAGCAGGAGAAGAGGUUCGCGCCUGCGCACUGGGCGGCCCAGAACGGCCACGCCUCGGUCCUCAAGGCGCUGGCGAGCCUCGGCGCGCCGAUGGACACGCUGGCGCUGUGCACUGAAGCGAAGACGGGCUUCCAGACCUGGGACGCGCCAGUGCACAUCGCCGCAUUCCACGGCCACGUGGCUGUUCUGGAGGUGCUGGCGCAGCUCGGCGCCGCACACACCAGAAACUCCCAGGGCUCCACCGCAGCCCACGCCGCGGCGUGCGGGGGCAGCACGUGCGCCCUGGAGGCGUUGGCCCGACUGGGCUGCCCCAUCGCUGUCGCCAAUCACUUCGGCGCGACCCCUCUCCACUCCGCCGCCGUACGGGGACACGCCUCGUUCAUCCAGGCGCUUGCGAACCGCGGCACGGCGGUAGACACACUGACGAUGACCGAUGAAGAGAAGACAGGUCUUCAAAGCAAGGACGCAGCAGCGCACAUGGCCGCAUUCCACGGCCACGUGGUCGUACUGGAGGUGCUGGCGCAGCUCGGCGCCGCAAACGCCACGAACUCUCACGGGUCCACUGCAGCCCACUCCGCGGCGUGCGGAGGCAGCACGCGCGCCCUGGAGACGCUGGCCCGGCUGGGCUGCCCCAUCGCCGCCGCCAAUCAUUUCGGCAGGACCCCCUUCCACGACGCCGCGGAGCGGGGGCACCUGUCCGUGCUGCGAACGCUGCUGCGACUAGGGGUGGCGUUCUCUGACGUGGCCCAGAAGGCUGACAUGUUCGGCAGGGUGCCGCUGGAGAUUGCCGCCGAGAGGGGCCACGAGGCGGUUGCAGAGUGGCUCGUGAAUGGCAGGCGGUGGGUGGUCGUCGGCGGCCUCGGCGCCGGCGGCAUCGUGGUGCGAGAUGGCCCGAGCGCGCGGUCCGAGCAGCUGCCGGAGAGGCUGGGCACCGGCGCAGUGGUGCUGGAGCUCGCGCUGGAGGCGGGGCGCAUCAACUUCUCGAAGGUGUCGGGCGCGGGUCCGUGCUGCGGCUGGGUCUGCGCGCAGCUGCCGAGCGGCAGAGCGCUGCUGGACGAGUUGCAGCGGGCCCCCCCGGGCGAUAACGGAGAGCCCCGCAUCUUGACAGUACACGUCCUGUGGAUCCGCGGGGUGUCCGCGCACGUAUGA